GAUUUUUGCAAGACAAAGUAAACACAAAGCGAUGAUUGUAUGUUAUAAUAAAAAAAAGUUGAGAUGAUGGAAAUCUACCACACACUGACAUGGAUUUUUGGAACACUUCUACUAGACGCUAAAGUUUCCCCAGAACGAUCCCAUCAACUUAUAGGAUCUGAGUUUGUCACGGAGAUUGUGCAUAAUUAUCUUCAGUGUCAGAGUUUGUGUGAUCGCCGGUCUCUGUGCAAAUCGGUCAAGUACAAUACCAGAACAAGAGAGUGUACGUCAAAUUACCGUGACGUCAAAUCCUCCAAUAUGCCUUUGGCUCCUGUUGAAUCCUGGGUAAUAUUUGAAGACAAAUCUGCAAAGCAGGUGGGUAGAGUUUGUCGCAGCAAACCGUGUGCGGGGAACCAGGUGUGUGUGCAGCUUGGAUCGAAAGGAAAUUGUCUUACAGAAGACAUUAAUUGCGGGGAAACUCCCGUUGUUCCAAAUGCCAUCACGUCUAAGAAUGGGACAAAGUUUAAUUCAGUAGCCAAUUACAGUUGUGACGUUGGUUACGUCAUGUCUAACGGAACCAUGAUGUCAUCCACGUGUGAAUCGACUGGAAAAUGGACGUCAGUGAACAUGACAUGUACUGAAAUCGACUGUGGUGAGCCUCCCAAUGUACUACAUGCCAGUGUGACAAGCAUUGGAACAACGUUUAAUUCCGUGGCCAACUACAGCUGUGACGUCGGUUACGCCAUGAUAAAUGGGACGACGUUAACUUGCGGCACAGAUGGUAGAUGGACGUCAACCAACUUCCGCUGCGUUGUGGAUUGCGGAACACCAGGACUAAUUGCCAAUGGACGCAUUGUUUGCGAAGCCACGACUGUGGGAAGCACUGGACACGUGAAGUGUAUGGAGUUGUUUAAGUUCUUUGGAAACGACAGUUCAACGAAGUGCGACUCAACUGGACAAUGGCUCAUAUCUAGCGGAGACUGCCUUCAAGUAGAGUGGCGAAAUAAGAUGACUCCCUUUGACAUAAACCUCCCGGAUACUUUAACCGAUGGAUGGCGGAUGGUUUUGCAUGGAACUCCAAUAGACCCCAACAGGCAUUUUUCUGUAAACCUGAGGGAUCAUGCAGAUAGGUAUCACAUGCACAUGGAUGUGAAAUUUAAUUAUUCGGGAACGAGAGGGGUGAUAUUUGACACCUGCUUGAAUACUACGUGGGGGACGACGGUUGUACGCGCUCACGGCUUCCCGUUCAGAGAAAACGUCCCUUUUGAACUCAUCUUAGAGAUACAAGCUCACAAAGUUCUGAUUAUCGUCGACGACAAGCCAUUCAUUAACGUCACUUUGAUAUCGCCUGCAGAAGAUAUCACCCGAGUAUACAUUAUGGAAGAUGUGACACUGCAUCAGCUGAUGUUGAUAUAUGAUAAAACAUAGACAGCUGAAGUUGUUAAUACCAACAACCACCACCCCACCCUUAUCGUAAUCUCCUUUGAACUAUAUAGCAUUUCUUCCCGAUCACGGGCGGGAUUUACAGGCUCGGCGGAGCAGUGUGUGUGUGUAGGGGGUGGGGGGGGGGUGGGGGGGGGGGGGGGUGGUGGCUGGGUGGCUGGGUGUUUGGGCAUGGGGCUCUAGCCCACAAUAUUUCUGAAUUAAAAAUAGUAUUGGUAGUUAAUUGGGGUGAGAUUUAGCUCUGUCGGUUGAGUGCUCGCUUGAGAUGCUUGCGUCGCAGGAUCGGACCACUUCGGUGGGUCCAUUCAGCUGCUUGGAUUUUUUUUUUCGUUCUAACCAGUGAACCACAACUGGACAAAGGGCGUGGUAUGUGUUUUCCUGUCUGUGGGGAAGUGCAUAUAAAAGAUCCAUAGCUCCAUUAGGAAAGAUGUAGCGGGUUUCCUCUGAUGACUACGAGUCAUAAUUACCAUAUGUUUGACAUCCAAUAGCCGAUGAUUAAUUAAUCAAUGUGCUCUAGUGGUGUCGUUAAACAAAACAAAUACAUUAACUGUGUGUCCGUAUAUGAAUUCUAGCUGUCUGUGUUCGUCCAUAUGUCAAUUCUAAAUAUUAUAUAUAUAUGGACAAGCACAGACAGCUAGAAUUGAUAUGUGGACAAACAGACAGAUAGAAUUGAUAUGUGGACAAACAGACAGCUAGAAUUGAUAUAUGAACACACAGACAGCUAGAAUUGAUAUGUGGAUAAACAGACAGCUAGAAUUGAUAUGUGGACAAACAGACAGCUAGAAUUGAUAUAUGAACAAACACACACAGCUAGAAUUGAUAUAUGAACAAACACACACAGCUAGAAUUGAUAUGUGGACAAGCAGACGGCUAGAAUUGAUAUAUGAACAAACACACACAGCUAGAAUUGAUAUAUGAACAAACACACGCAGCUAGAUUUGAUAUAUGGACACGCACAGACAGCUACAACUGAUAUAUGGGUAAACACAAAAUGGAAACAUUGAUUCACGGAGAAAUACAGACAGCUAGAAUUGAUAUAUGGACAAAACAAACCGCAAACAUUGAUUCGUGCACAAAUACAGACAUAAUUGAUAUAUGGACAAAGAUAGACAGCUAGAAUUGAUGUAUGGAAAAACACAAACAGAUUUGAUAUAUGGAAACAUUCAGUCAGUUAGAAUUGAUAUAUGGAAAAAAACUAGGCAGCUAGAAUUAAUAUAUGGACAAAGUUAAAGUUUGUUAUGUUAAACGACACCUCUAGAGCACAUUGAUAUAUACUAUUGGAUAUAUGGACAAAGACACGUAGUUAUAAUUGAUAUAUGGAUAAAGACACGCAGCUAUAAUUGAUAUAUGGAAAAACCAGGAAGCUAGAAUUAAUGUAUGGACAAAGUUAAAGUUUGCUAUGUUAAACGACACCUCUAGAGCACAUUGAUAUAUUAAUCAUCGACUAUUGGAUAUAUGGAUAAAGACACGCAGGUAUAAUUGAUAUAUGGAUAAAGACACGCAGGUAUAAUUGAUAUAUGGACAAAGACACGCAGCUAUAAUUGAUAUAUGGACAAAGACACGCAGCUAUAAUUGAUAUAUGGACAAAGACACGCAGCUAUAAUUGAUAUAUGGACAAAGACACGCAGCUAUAAUUGAUAUAUGGACACAGACACGCAGUUAUAAUUGAUAUAUUGACAAAGACACGCAGUUAUAAUUGAUAUAUGGACAAAGAAAGCUAAACCUGAUUAUCAGGUUACAGACAGUUAAAGUUAAUACAUUGACAAACGUAGGUAAAAAGAAGUGAAUAUAACAUGUGUUACUAUUGUUUAAGGGCUUAAGACAUUAUGAAUGUGCAUAUUUAUCACCCAUUAAAGUCCUUUGUAGGAACUAUCGCUGGCACUAUAAUUUGCGAUAUCUCCUGCGAUAUUCUCCUUAGGAGAUAUCGCUCCUUAUAAUCUGGAUUGGUCAAUUUGUAAUCAGUAGACGAUAUUUUGUUACGAGUGUCGUGAACCUUUGUUUGAUAUAAAACACGAAAGUGGGUUGAAAUUAAUGAAUUAAAAUGAAAUUAAUAUUUAAAAACACAAUUUGGACUACUAUACGUUAACGGUUUCCUACGUGAAAAUCACAAUCCAUGAUAUAGAUCGUGAUCUGUGUCGAAUGUCGUGAACCUUUGUUUGAUAUAAAACACGAAAGUGGGUUGAAAGAAAGAAAGAAAUGUUUUAUUUAACGACGCACUCAACACAUUUUAUUUACGGUUAUAUGGCGUCAGACAUAUGGUUAAGGACCACACAGA